AUGACAGUAAUGAUGUUGGACGACCUCUGCGUAGAGGAGAUACUCUGUCGCGUUCCGGCCAUAUCUCUCAAGCGGUUGCGAUCUACAUGCAAGCAAUGGAACAAUUUAUUCAGCAAUAGCAGAUUCACUAGAAUGCACUUGGAGAAAGCCGCAAAGCAGUUUCUUGUUCUCAUGUUGAAGAAUGGUAGAGUUUGCUCGAUGAGUGUCAAACUCCAUGGAACAAAACCAUAUGUAAUGGCCACAUGUGAACGUAGCCUAAUCGAUCCUCGUAGUUUAGUUCAAGAACAAAUCGGAAUUUCUCAUGUUUAUCACUGCGACGGCUUAUUGUUAUGCACCGAAAAUAACUAUAUAAUCGUGGUUUGGAACCCGUUAACGGGUCAAACCAAGUGGAUCGAGCCAAGAAACGGUGACAAGAAGACAAACGACUGCUAUGCUCUCGGAUCCUACCAAGACAAGAAAUCUGGCAAUAAAAGCUACAAAAUAUUGAGUUAUGGUUACAACCACCAAGAAUUCGAAAUAUAUGAUAUUAACUCUAACUCAUGGAGGACUCUUGAUGCCACUCCUAACUGCCACUUAGUUUGUGGAGAAAGCGGCGCAUCUUUGAAAGGGAAGACUUACUGGAUUGCUUCACAAGGAAAGGAGAAACAUCCCGGCAUAUUCUUAGUCAGCUUUGAUUAUACUAGAGAAAAAUUUGAACGUCUUACGGGUCAGAUUCCUAUAGCUAUGGAUGAUCAAAAUGUAGCUCUAUCGGUCGUUAGAGAAGAGAAACUCGCCGUCUUGUUAAAACCCGAAUAUACAACAAAAGUUGAGGUAUGGCUGACAAAUAAGAUUGAUGAAAGUACCAAAGCGAUAUCAUGGAGCAAGGUAUUCGCAUUGGAUUUGAGCCCUCACCUCGAAUAUUCGCAUUAUAUAAGUUUCUUGCUCGAUGAGGAGAAGAAAGUCCUCGUGUUUUGUGAUCAUUCCAGCUGCAAAAACAAGGUAUACAUUGUUGGAGAGGACAAUAGAGUCACACGAAUGUGUCUUGGAGACGAUGAUGCUUGGCCUUUUCUGUUUAGUUAUGUGCCAAGCUUGACUCAAAUCCAGCAAGAUCCUCAGAUCUCUAGCAUCAUUAGAGAUUAUCCAAGAUUGCUUAUACUCGAUGCUGAGAAAUCACUUGCUCCCAAGCUUCAGGUUCUGUCCAGAGGAGCUUCAAGCUCUGAGCUCACCGAGACUGUUUCAAAAGUUCCUAAAAUCUUGGCUAUGAAAGGAGACAAAACUAUAAGCAGAUACUAUGAUUUCGUCAAAGAGAUUAUAGAAGCGGGUAAGAGUUCCAAGUUUGAAAAGAGGUUAUUGUUCCCUUUGCUCGUCUCUGAUCGUAAACUUGUAUGUGGAAGAGAAAAAUUUGAAGAAUCUCUCAAGAAGGUUGUUGAGAUGGGUUUUGAUCUCACCACUGCAGAGUUUGUGGAAGCUCUACGUGCUGUUCAAGGAAUCAGCGGCAAAAGAAGCGCAUUGUUGAAACAGUCGACGACCCUUUCAAUCUCUGCCGGCACUCAAAACGACGAGUCAGUCACUUGUAAGUUUGGAAAUUUUGAGAUUUAUCUCGAAUUGAUUCAGUUCGACGCACUGUGGUUAGUUAUUUAA